AUGACAAGGCUCUCUCCGUCAGGAUAUUAAAACGACACAGUAGAAGUUAAAAAUGAAGCCAAAGUCAAGGUUUAUGCCCUAGACUAGUAGUAGUAGGCUUGUAAGUUGCUCAGUGUCUCCUCUGGCCGCCCAGCGCUCGUCUCGAAGGGACUCUGGGUUGAUAAGCGUCUUUAAUUAUGGAGCCUCCUCAGUUAUCAAAUGAGGCAUCAGUAAAGCUGCAAGAAGGAAUAAAUUUGAUACUAUCACGAUGGUCAUCUCUUCAAGUUGCUGUCGAGAAUGAGUUUGGUGGACGUUAUUCACGUGAGAGAUCCCAACAAUUACCGGUUAAUAUCUUUACAUGGUUCACUCAGUCAAAAGGCCCUAUCUAUAUUGAAGAAUUGGAGGAUAUGCUUGAUGACUUCAUGCUUUCACUUAAUAUCGAAAUCGAUGAUGGUAGCAUUGAGGAGAUAUCAGAAAAAUUAAUGAUAAUGCAUGAAGAAUGUUUGGAAGGUGAUUUUUCAUCUGUUGAAAAAUUGAAGGAUGCUCCUAGUGUUUCUGUUCAGCAUAUCAGACAGGAUGGAAGUGAUGAUGAAUAUAGUACUGGAAGCUCUGUGGAGGAACAUACUGAAACGGGGGUUUGUUCCCCUAAAUCCCAGCCAAAUUGUAUCCAAAGUGAUCACAUGAUAGUUGAUGAACCAUUGGCCGGAGCAGAAGAUGGGUGGACAGUGGUUCCUUCUAGGUGGAACAAAGGCAAAAGGAAUUAAAUCAGAGUAAUCAGAGAAGUUGCCGAGGAGAAUUAUGCCUGACAAGACUUUCCGAAAAAUAUGUUGUCUGAGAGCCAUCAUUGUGAAGGCUUGUAAAUGUUCUCGGUUUUCUUUCUUCGAAGAACCUUCGCAGAAACCUCUGUAGGAUGUUCAAUUUGGUUAAAAUCACUAGAAUUACCAUCUCGUUAUGGCUAAUCUAAUCAUAUAUAAAAAAGGCCAUAUUAUCUGCA